AUGCACACUGCUUCACCAGCUACUCUAAGAGGCACUCAGUCAUACAAUAAAUCUGAGUCUUUCUCCAUUCCGUCCACUACACCUACAUCCGCUACUACUGCAGCUACACCAAUUGAAAUAGACACUGACAAUCAAUCAUGCACAGGUGCAGAAGAUAAUACUGAGACAUUAAAUUUUACAGAAAUGUUACUUACUCUCUAA